AUGGCCGGAGACGUGACGGAGCUGUUUGAUGUUCUUGCCGGAAAGCUCCGGCCGGGCCACAAGAAUUCGGGAGGAGGUGAAGGUCGAGUGGGUACGUCCUUGAGCCGCACAUCCAUUCUCAACGCACAGUACCGCGGCUCCUCCGACAACACCGUGCUAGGGAUGGCAAACCUCAAGCGCAUCCAGAACUUUCUGGAUGAACCACAAAAGCAUCUUGGCCAGGUUAUCGCGGACAUCGAGAAGGAGGCCGGGAGUUUCUACGACCAGGUGUCCUCCCGCCAACAGGGAUCCGGGGCGGGGAAACAGAGGAUGCAGAGAGGAGCGCCCCAGUCCCCCGGAGCGACGCCGGCCCAGGCCAUCUCUCUCGAGGAUGUGCCGGAGAUGAAUAAAUACCUUGGGCCAAGUUCGCGCUUCGGAGAUGGGGACGGCUCCUUCUGGGAUCGGUGGUUGACCACAACUGGUCAUUUCACGGAACAGGGGAGCUACGCGACGGCGGACAUGCCAACUCGCAGCAUGUACUCCACUGGAGUGGUUCCGCCGCACAGCGGGUUCAAGAGGUAUCAACUCGACAAGCUCGCCUUCACCAAACAUCCCGAACCCAGGGUGCUCACGUACGCGGCCCGGUGGGAGCUGGGAGACAGUAUCAAGUCGGACGAAGCACCGAAGCGCCUACGCGGCGGGUAUUCCGAGAGUACUCUUGGUCCAGACAGGCGAAAUUGGCUAGAUGAGGUAGUGCUGGCCAAGGCCGCGGAAGAGUUCAAGUCCCAAACGAACAACAAACUGGCGCGGCAGCAGUCCGCACAUCGUUCGUCAGAUGAACACGAAAUACCGACUCCUGGGGAUGAAUAUUCCUCUACCACAUCGAGGUCACAGGAUGUCGGUAUCCGAUUAGAAGGGACCAAACGCCCGGUGGUAGGGCUGACGUCGAUUGGGGCGGCUGGAAAGGAUGAAGACCAAGGAGACAGAUCUGCGGAUGGCGACACAGACAACGAGAAGCGGUCCGGACCGGGUGAUGAAUCGCGAUUGAUAACUCGCGAUACUUGCUUGGAGGACGCGGUGGCCAAGUUCGGCCUUGUACACCCCAACUACUUCGGCCGACGGGCGAGAACGCACGUGUACAACUACUACAAGCAAGUAUCGCGGCGGAGGCACCAGUACGGAGAUCUCCAAGCGAUGUCCAUGAUUCCUCUCACCCCUUUGGACCACAUGGGAGCACUCCCUGCCUACCAGGCCGGGCUUGACGCAAUCAACAUCGAAGACACGGAACAAGCCUUGCACGAGAAAGCCGCCCGAACAAACAUAGAUAUAGAUAGUGCCAAGCCGGAGACCACUACACCUCAUAAGCUACCUCCGUUGGCUACAACGGCUGCGGCUGGUUGGCAGAGCGAGUCAGGCGACAAGGGGUCGGGCGUGGACGAGGGUGAUGAACAUGAACGUAAAAUGUCGAAAGCUCUGGAGAACAACGACCGCCAAAUUACAAGCCGGACGAAGUAUCUCGUGCGUUGCAUGGAGCGAAACGUGGCCCCGAGAGCUCAUGUCAUCAUUCGAAAGACGCACACCACUAAGGUGAACUUGGCGCAUCAGGGCAUGGGAGACGUGAUGGGCGGAAUUUUGGCGGACUGCUUGGUAGAACUACCGCUGACGCGGGAGCUCAAUCUCCGGGACAACAGGCUUACAGACAAAGGCCUCAGGCCUCUCGUAAAGGCAAUCAAACAACGUCAUGAUCUCUACGCGCUGGAUCUGAGCGAGAACAAGCUCGAUCGCUGGGCGGCGCGGGAGCUCGCGUUUUACUUCUCGGAUUCCCGAUGCACCCUGGCCAAAUUCAUCCUCAGCAAAGCAGACGUCGAUGACUUCGAGGCGUCUAACUUUGUGAAACACAUGAAGGCGAACAAGACACUCACCUACCUCGAUCUCAGCCACAACCUCAUCGGCAGUCAGGAAUCCAUCAACUACGUCCGGCCAGAGUUCUACACGGGGGCCGAGGCGUUGGCCGACUGGGUGUCGACCGGAAGCUGCCCUCUCAAGUACCUUGAUGUUUCGUGGAACACCAUCAGGCUCGACUCGGCUGUCUAUUUUGGCAAUGCCGUUGCCUACGCUACCGACCUGGAGACGCUAGACUUGAGCUUCAACUGCUUCGGGGCCAAGGGCGGGGAGGCAAUAGGGGCUAGUUUGCACCUCAACACCAGCCUGAAGACGCUCAGGCUGGCCAGCAACGCUAUCAAUCCGCGAGCGUGCUUCGUCAUCUGCCAAGGACUGAUGCAAAACUCUGUCACCCGCGACAUCGACCUCUCAAACAACCCUUUGGGCAAAGUUGGAGUUGGAUGCGUGAUGGAACUUCCCGCGGAGGUUGGGGACAGAAUUAACACGGAACUGGCCAGUUGCAACUUCAUGGUGGACUGCGAGGAAUGUUGGUUUGACGAUGAGCAGAUACGCCCGUCGUAUCAUCUUCGGAUGGACGAACCGUACGACCGGGCUGUGGCUUUCCAUCUCGUUCGACGUGCAGCAAGAGACGAAGGGCUCAAGUUGAAGAUGGUUGCACACACGAUGGCUGGCGAGGCUGAAAAGGAGAUACACCUUGUCACGGGCACCGGCAUGACUAGCAGGGACUUCGCAGACAAGUCUACGCGGCAAGCAAUCUUCAGGAAGUACGACGAAUGCGCCACUGGUAGCUUGGAAAGCGAGGAGCUGGGAAAGGCUUUGGAAGAAUUGGGCUUGGGUGGCGAGGAGCAGGUGGACAUGUGCAUGACGAGGCACGACGACGGCAGCGGGCGAAUCGACGAGUCCGCAUUCCACGAAUUCAUCGAGGAGAGCAUAUUGCAGUCCAAGAGGGGGGAGGGCAGAAGCAAGGCGUUUCUGGCGGAAGAAUCUAACCUGACCAAGCCGUGGAUAGUCCCUCCGGAGGGUCAGUUGCGGCUUGAGUUUGAGUACCAGCGCCUUCACAACCAGGGAUAUCUCACGUCGUUGGAGAGCACGGACGGCUUGUUGGCGAUGCUGUCCGGGAUUGGCGACGGCCUCGCAGACGUGAUGGCGCACGCUCUCAAUUUCGUUUCUCUCAGUAUACACCAGGGAAUGAGGAUGUACAGGACCGUCUGCGCGCACGUGGGGGGAGACAAGUUCAAAGCCCUGGCCAAGGUCAUCCCGAGAAUGGAGUCGCCAAGUGACGCUCGUAUGCUCAAGACUACCGUUCUCAGGGACCUGGACGAAAGGCGCAGGCUGAGGCACGAGCUUGGCCCGGCUUACCGGCCACUCAUGGGGACCCCGAUGGGGCACUACGAACUGGACCUGAGCAAGCCGAUGCACCAGCUUGCUGCUCGGAAGAUCUUAGAAUGCAACAAUAUGGAAAAGCUAGCGCGUCAGACUGGGCAUCUGUCGGUGUUUGACGCAUCUCAGAAGGGGAACUGGAACAAUACUCGGAAUGAAACCGUGAACGGCAAGCCUUACCGCUUGAAGGGUACCAUUUUGGACGCACUGCCCCAGGCGGGCACUCUGGAGAUCGACUAUGUGUCAACAUCGCGUCCACCCUUUAGGAGCGAUCAAGGCGCGCUGGCCGGAAGAACACAUUGCAUGAGUACAACGACGUUCUGCUACAUGCUGAAGAAGGUUGGACUAGGCGAUGAGGAAGCUUGGACUGGUGGAGAUGCGGCCGAUGUCGUGGAUGCCGAAGGAUCACCAGACGCUGGCGACGAAAAGGCCUCUGUUCCCGUUGAACGGGGCCACGUGAUUGAUGAGGCAGUACGAAACUCGCCGCCCCGCCCGCGAACUCGAAAGAUGUUCGAAUACCUGCACUUCCUCAUGACCGGCGAAGGCCAGCCGAUGGGAAACAAGACCAUCCCAACUAGGCCAAGUGCUGUGGACAAAAUAGCGAACGGGGCGGUCUCUAAACAGGUCCUGCCAACAAGACGGCAAUCUGUAUUGCCAGCGCCAGCAAGACGGCAAUCUAUACUGCCGCCACGACCGGAAUCUAUUGUACCCUUAAGACGGAUAUCCACCGUAUCUCCAACAAGAGACUCUACACAAGCGCAUCACGAUGGGCUGAACGAGAGAGUCAUCUCGCGCACGGGGAAGGGGCGUAACGCAACAGGGACCAAAUCGAAUUCGUCGAGAUCGUCAACAGGCCCGUCCUUGACGGGCAUGGAUCUUCAGGCAACCAUCGGAAUCAACACUAUGGCUUGCCGACUGGACGAGCUGAUGGCGGACAAGUGGUUUUCCAUCGAUCAGUGCCGGUUCGUACUGCUGGCGGUGAAAGAAGCCUACGAAGGAGACGACUUCCUUCAGGACGUUCUCGUCGACUUCGUCGUCUCGGUCUACCCGCGCAUUGUCGACGUGUACGACUACAUGACCCUUGUUGGUUGUCUGGAAGACCUUGCGCAAGCCUUUGUUAUUAAGCGGGUGGGUUGGUUGGCAGCCUGGAAUCCAUGUCGGCCUGAAGGAUAUAUGGAGCUCUCGCUAGAUAUACGGGAGGAGCGUCAGGUGGCGAAGAUGCUGAUACACCUGGUGUUCGAUCAGCAAGGCGAGCUCUGGCCAUCAUCGUCAUUUCGGUGGUCAAUAGGGGCAAAGCUGCUCGAGGUUGGUGGGAAAAGCUCUACGCUCUGCCAAGAGGUGGUGGCAGGUGAAUACGGCAGGCCAACAUCAAGUCACAUUGUUUUCGUGGCUAACACGACAUGUCGCAGGUACGACACCCCCAUCCCGGGAUGGAUGUUGCCGGUUCUAUGGAACACAGAAGAGGGGUUGCCCCACAAGGGGGUCCUCACGUGCACGCAUGCUUGCAAAGCUGCCGGUCUCCGGUUCAACUGGAUAUUGCGAACGGCCCUCGCUCAGGUGGUCUCCCUAAGCGAAGCGCCCCCGGUAUCCGCCCUGAUAGUUGGCAGAGCAGAUCACUCUCGAACUACCGGAGGAGAAGGCACCAAAAGUGACCAGAACCUCAUCAUCACCGACGCAACAGAGGGGACAGACCAGAUUGUGGAAGAUGAACCAGAGAAUGUUGGUAUUGCUGGAGGUCGCUUGGAUGACUUGUACGGGAAGUUUGAUAGGGAGUUCGUAGACUCGCUCUGCAAGCAGGCAGGCAGUGAUUUCUUUCUCUAUGGUGCUCACGAGAAAAGCGACUGA